AUGUCCAUUGCUCCCAGUUCUUCCGUGUCUGUGUACCUGGAUGACUCUGCUGGCAGAGACGAACAUGACCAACCAUCAACGGCACAGUUCGUGGAGAGAAAAGCGCCGAGCGCGGGGUCGGGAAUACGACGCAAAGAAAAAAAAGCCAAGGCCGAUCGGGAAAGAUAUCGCAGAUGUAGAUUCGCCGUCUUCAAGAAGGCAAACAGCCUGCUCCAGGAUGGUCGCGAGAUUGGGCAUGACCGCCGGGUUUAUGUCUGUGUCUUCGAGAAGGGCAAAGGUCGUAACGCCCAGGGAAAAUAUUUCACGUACAACUCCCACCCUGAUGAGUGCUGGCCACCUGCAAAGGAAGAAGUGGACGAACACUACCCACUUACUGAACGUUUCACUCCAAAGGAUUUUCAAAAUGCAGAGAAGGCAAAUAAAGUGGACAGGGCUAAAUUCCACCGUCCCUCCUUCAAAGUGUCCCGGCCCCCGCUCCUGGCACCAAUCGUUGGGACUCAGACAACCAUCCUAGACGGGGAAACACGACACCCGUCAGCAGGGAAUAACGGCGAGGAAACACCAUCCAUCAAUUCUGCAGAAAGGAGCGCGUGCGAGGUUUUCAUGCCUGAGGCUGUGCGAUACUAA